AUGUAUACGGGGGCUGCGCCGGAUAAGAACGGGGAGCUUGAUCUCAGUGAGAACGCUACUAGGCUCACGUCUCAAUUGCCGGCGGUUGAUAAACGGAAUGCGCACGAAUAUCCUUCUAUGGUUGCUGCUCCAGGCAUUGUUCCUCCGGCUUACUGGGCUGCAACAUGGCCUUGGUUUCCGCCUUGGGGACUGCCUGGUGGGGGCGUUGGUCCAGGUGGUGGAUUUAAAUUUAUAGGUGGUCCAGCUCCACUCGUAGCAGGUGGGGCGUGGGGUAUUGCUGAUGCUGGUGCUGGGAUGGAGGCCACCUAG